AUGUGGAGACUCUUCCUGGCGCUGAUAGCAGCAACUGCUAUACUGGUACACAGUCCAGCCUCCGCGUUGACGACAUCUACUACCGGCAUGACGCAGACGACCCCUAGCCUUUCGGUCCCUGUUUAUGUAGGAAAACCGAGCAAAGACUUUAGCACGCGGCACCUAAGGAUCCGCCACAUGAAAGACGACAAGGUUGGGGACAGCGAAAAGAAUGAAGAGCGCCUGAUCAAAACCUUCGAGUCUUGGGUGAGGUACAAGCUAUUGCAGCUACACCCCAAAUUCAGGCAAGUCAAGCUACAUCCCGGUCGAGUCUUUACGCUCUUAGGCUUAGAUGGACUUCACGAAAUGGCCAUCUAUCACCCUGGCUGGAAGAGGUACGUGGACUACUCGCAGAAGUGGCGAAGCAACAACCGACUAAAACGUUUCUAA